AUGACAGGUUCAAUCCAAGAAAAAAACCAAGAGACAUAUAGUGUUGAUUCUUUAGAACACAAGUAUAAUUCUUCACCUUCAGCUUCUAUUGAACAUGAAGAGAAACCUUCCAAAAAGUCUAAAUUCAGAUGGAGUGUUGAUCUUAGUGAUCAUCCGCCAGAAAUUUUCAAUUUAACUUUAUAUUUAUCCAUUUUUGUCUUUGGAGUACUUGGUGCUUCAAGAGGACUUGAAGAAGGUAACUCAGGGCUGAAUACAAAAUUGGGUUCAUUUAAAAAACAAUUUGGUUUAGCUGAUAAAACUAAAACAGAAGAUCAAUUGGCCAAUUUGAAAUCAAAUAUUACUCUGAUGGUUAUGUUAGGUUCUAUUGGUGGGGCACUUAUUGCUAUGAAAACAGUGGAUUUCUUUGGAAGAAUUAGAGCUCUUCAAAUUGUUUGUGUGGUAUUGAUUGUUGGUGUUAUUAUACAAAUCACUUCAAAUUCCAUUGGUCAAUUAUAUGCUGGUAAAAUUAUUGAAGGACUCGCUGUCGGGCAUACUACUUCUAUUGGUCCAGUUUAUUUAUCUGAAGUUGCCCCUAGUCCCAUUAGAGGUUUAGCUACAUGUAUUUUCUCAGGGGCAGUUUAUUUAGGGAGUAUGAUUUCCUACUUCACAAAUUAUGGUGUUGCAUUACAUGUUCCUGCAGAAAAAAACGGUCACAUUAAUAAAAAUCAAUGGAGAAUUACUUUAGCACCAAAAUUAAUACUUUCAGGUUUAAUUUUCAUUAUGUCAUUUGUAUUUUGUAUUGAAUCCCCCAGAUGGUUAUUGAAAACCAAUAAACCAGAUAAAGCUGCUGAAAAUUUGUCUAAAUUGAGACGUUUACCUGCUGAUCAUCCAUACAUUAUUGCUGAAAUUAGUGAUAUCAAUGAACAAGUGAUUGCCGAGAAGGAAGCUACUAAUCAUUCUAGUUUAUUAUCAAAUUUCAAGGCUUUGGUUUCAAACAAAAGUAUUGCUUACAGAUUUUUCGUUAUUUCUUGUGGUUGUCAAAUUAUCGGUCAAUGGACUGGUGCCAAUGCCGUUACUGUUUAUGCCUCAGAAUUGUUCUCACUUAUUGGUGUUACUGGUACAGGGACUUUGAAAAUGUCGGCUGUUUUAGGGGUGGUUAAAUUUAUCUCGGCAUAUUUGUCUGCUUUCUUCCUUAUUGAUGUCAUUGGUAGAAAAAGAGCUUUAUACACUGGUCUUUCUUUACAAAUGACAUGUAUUUUAUAUUAUGCUAUCUUUUUGACUAUUGUUCCACAAGCUGCCGAAGAAGGUGUUGAUUUAAGUGGAUCGAAAAAGAGAGCUGCUCAAGGUGCAUUGGCUGCUAUCUUUUUGUCUGGUACAGGUUGGACUAUGGGUUUCAAUUCCGUUCAAUAUCUUAUUGGUGCAGAAAUCUUCCCCUUGGGUAUUCGUUCUUUUGCACAAUCAUUGGUGAUGGUGUUACAUUUUGCUAAUCAAUAUGGUAAUUCUAAGGCAUUACCUAAAAUGAUGCUUGCCAUGCAUCCAUACGGUGCCUUUUAUUUCUUUGUCGGAGUCAUGAUUAUUGGUCUUGUCUACGCAUUCUUCUUACCAGAAUUAAAAGGUCGUAGUUUGGAAUCAAUUGAAGAAGUUUUCACAUUACCUUGGUAUAACUUGAGACAUUGUAAUAGACUUAUUGCAGAUCAUUCUCAAAUUCACAAAAUCAAAUACACCCAUGACGAGCAAGGUAAUACUGAUUUCAACCAUAUUCAAUAUGAACUCGAUAGUGGUAAGCCAACAGAUCAAUUUGUUGAAAAUUUAAUGGAAAGUGAAUCUGUUAAUAGAGAAAGUGUUGGACAUAAAGUUUAG